GUCGGGCCUGCAGGCGCAGCUGCCCGCAGCCAACUCGCUGGACUGCGCGCAGGCGGGCUGGGCGCUGGAGCAGCUGGGCUGGCCGGCGGGGGCGGGGCUGGUGGGCGGGCUGUGGGAGAGGCUGCAGGCCUGCCUGCCCCCCGACCGCCCCGGCGCUCGCAACCUGGUGGUGCUGCUCAACAGCGCCUCCAAGAUGGGGCUGCAGCUGGGGACGCAGCAGUUGCUGCAGCUGGAGCAGCAGCUGCGGCAGCUGACCCCGCUGAUGAGCGGGCAGGACGUGGCGAACGCCCUCGCCUCGCUUACCCGCCUGGCCAUGCACCCCGCAGCAGCAACAACGGUAGCAGCAGCACCGGCAGCAGCAGCAGCAGUAGCAGGGCCCGCACCGGCAGCAGCAGCAGGGCCGGCAGCGGCGACCGCGAAGCCUGCAGCAGCGCCACCCCCACCACCACCCUCACCCUCGGAGGUGGGCCGAGCGGAGGAGGGGCGCCUGCUGGCGCAGCAGCGUCAGGCGCUCCGGCGUCUGCAGCAGGCGGAGGAACAGGCAGGAGCAGGAGCAGCAGGCGGAGGAGGAGGACAGCAGCCCCAGCAGCUGUCGAAUGGGCCGCAGCCGCGGCCUUUGCCACCCCCGCAACCGUCUUCACCGCAGCCGCAGCAGCAGGAGCCCCAGCAGCCGCAGCAGCAGCGCCCGGCCCCGCAGUCGCCCCCCGCGGCUCACCGGCCGCCCGCUGCCCCCCCGUCCUGGCGGCCACAUCCGGACACACUGCGAGUGCUGCUCAUGCGGGCGGCACAGCUGCUCCCCUCCCUGCGCGGUGACGAGGUGGCCAGCCUGCUGUACUGCCUGGCCCGACUGAGGUUCAGUCCGCCCGAGGAGCUCACGGAGGCACUGCUGAGCCGCUUCUCCGCCCAGCGCACCCAGUGCAGCCCCGCAGCCCUCUGCAUGGCGCUGUGGGCCGCCGCCCGCCUGCCCCGCCGCCCGCACCCCUCCUGGCUGGCGGCGCUGCUGGCGCAGACGGGCCACCGCCUGCCCGUGCUGACACCCUCCAUGACCUGUACGACACUGUACGGCAUGGCGAGGCUGCAGCGGUCGUACUGCGGGCGCGGGAGUACGAAGAAGGGCGAGAAUAACCACCAUGGCAACGGUACCCCUGCGUACAACGAGGUUGGGAGUGGGAGCAGUGGUAGCAGCACUGGUAACCGCAGUAGCAGCAACGGCGAUGGCGGCAGCGGUGUGCGUGAGAGUAGCUACCGGCAUGAAGACGCGGCUAUCAGGAGUGACAUGGGCGCUGCUGCUCGGGAGGCGCAGCCGUCACAACAGCAGCAACCACCUCGGCUGCAGUCCCAGCCCCCGCGGCUGCCGCCCUGGCAGUCCCCCCGCCUGGUGGUGGCACUGGCCUCCCGAGUGGCGGAGCAGCUGCCCGCCUUCUCACCCCAAGAGGUGGCCAACACGGCGUGGGCGGUGGGCUACAUGAUGCCUGUGGUGGUGGCGGCGGCGGCGGCGGUGGACGCGAGUCAGGAGGCUGCGACAACGGCUGCGGCGCUGCUGUCUUCCUCCUCGUCGGCGUCGCCGUCGGCGUCAGCACCCUCGUCGUCGGCUACUGCUCCGCCGCCGGCGUCUUCAGCAGCAAGUAGCAGUGGCAGUGGAGCGACCCAUGGGUCAUCACGGGGUAAAAGAGCACCUGCAGGGCAGCGACCACGAUGGUGGCAGUCAAAGAAGGCUAAACAGGGAGGAGGCAACAGGGCGGCGGCGGCAGCAGCCGCAGCAGCGCAGAGCUCGGCAGCAGCGGCGGUAGCUGCUUUGUGGCCCGCCCUUGUGGGCAGGGUGCGGGGUCUGGGCUUCCGGGCCUUCACGGCGCAGGGACUGGCGAACACGCUGUGGGGUCUGGCGGUGCUGAGCUGCAGCGAGGAGGUGCCUGUGCUCGCUGCCGUAGGGAAGACUGCCAGCAGCUGCAGUGCCGCGGGCGGGGGUGGCGCUGGUGGUGGUGGUGGUGGUGAUGCUGCUGGCUCCGGCGGCGCUCCUUCUCAACCCGGGGCGCGGGUCAAGGAGAAACGCUCCCCCGGGGUGAUGGCGCCCAGGGUGCAGCAGCGGGUGGUGGUUCAGAGGCGCCGAGUGCCGGUCGUGAGCCUCUUGCUGGGUUCCGAGCCUGACAUGACUGCAGCCACAACAGCUACGACUACAGCAGUUAUGAAUACGACAGCUACGAUUGGGACAGGAUUAGCAACUUCCUCCCUUACCUCCUCCUCCUCCGCAUUAUCAUCAUCAGCAGCAGCAGCACCUGCAGCAUCCGCAUCCGCAGCAUCCGCAGCAGGGAGCGGUUUCCUGCCGCCUCCGCUGGACUUGUCCGCCGCUCUCGAGGCGAGCUUGCACGACAUGAACGAGCGGGAGCUCAGCAUGGUGCUGUGGGCCCUGUGCCGCCUCCGCUGGCAGCCCCCAAGCCAGUCCUGGCUGCAAACCGCCGCCGCGCGCUGCUGCCGGAUGCUGCAUGCCAUGCCCCUGGAAGGACUGUCGGCGUUCGUACACGCAGUUACAUGGCUGAGGCCGCUGCGGUACACGCCCUGCGGUCCGGAGGUGAACGCGAUGAUGGAUGAGGUUCUGGCCAGGUUGGCUGGGAUUCAAAGCAGGCGCGCCAGGAACGGGCUGAUAUCCCGACUGAACCUCAUGCGGUCUAGGGUGCAGCAGCAGGAGCGUGUGCUGGCGGCGCGGAAGGCCAGGAAGAUUGCCCGGGCGCUGAAAUAUGAGAGGCGCGCGAGGGCGCGUUGGGCGACGCUAUGGCGGGUGGCG